UCCUAUAAGAGAAAGAAAAAGUUAGAAAAUAUGAUUUACAUUUGCUUUAGUGGAUGACAUAUCUUGCCCAUAAUGUAAUGGGCCAGCCCAGUAAAUAUUUCUCUCUUUUUCUCAGGCUCAAAAUGGGGCUCAUUAGGAAAGUGUUGUACAACGCUGGAUCUUGGAUUCGAGAGAAAGGACAAGUCAUUGAUCGUCUCGGUUCUCGUCUUCAGGGCAGCCACUACUGCCAAGAGCAGCGUGGUAUGUGUUGUGGAGUUAAUAUAAUUACAUUUUGAAUCAACCUUGCAACGACAAAUGCUCAGCUCAGUAUAAUUUUGCCUGUGGAAUAUCUUUCUAAGACUUGUUAGCAUUUUUUGUUCAUUUCCUUGUUCUCAUUUUUCAGUGUUAUGCAUGGUUAUAGUACUUUUUUAUUGCUUUGCUGUCCUCCUUUGAAACAUAUCAAGUAAUUUUGCUUCUUCUCAUGUUUAGUGUGUAGGCAUCGAACUAUGAAGAACAUAAUUGAUAAGGCUCCUACAUAUCAAAUAAUUUUGUUUUUUCUCAUGUUUAGUGUGUAGGCAGAAUACAAGGACUAUGUUUGCUGCUGGACCUCUUGGGAGACAGAAUACAAGGAUUUCAACUGGCAAGUGGACACUGGUUGGAGCUACAAGCCUUUAAUGGACCAAAUCAGUUGGGUAUAAGACUUGCCUGUUCCAGAAUUUGGCAGUCUUCAAGCAUGGGAAACUCGAGCUAGUGCUGCAGCACGCGCAGCUAAUGGAGAUAUCAAUGGCGGUGAUUCUAAAAAUUCUCAACUGGGAUAUAAUGGAGCUCCAAUGCCUCACAGUGGCGGGGAUACUUAGGUUGUAGUUGAUUUCAAUGGUACCGAAGUCAAGAGAGAGCGUGUUAAGUCUGGAGCUGAUAGUACAUCUUUAAAGGUUUUGCCUCCAUGGAUGAUUACGCCAGGGAUGAAUCUUACAAAGGAGCAACGUGGAGAGGUGAAGCAGGAAAUGAAGAUGGAUGGGACUUCAACUUCAACAGCCACCGCAGUACACGGAUGAGAAGAAAUCUACAAUUGGGAAUGAUGAUAAUAAGAAUAUACAGGAUGAGUAUAUGAAGGCUUAUUAUGCUGCUUUCCUUAAGCAACAACAUGAAUUGGAAGAAGUUGCAAAAAAACAACUAUCAGUUGAUACACUGGCUACAUAUGAUCCUUCUAGCAGUACUUCCCGUCGCCAGGUUGGCAUGAAAUCAAAAUGUGAGAAAAAUGACGAUGGUACUGAGUGGGAAGAGGCUCCCCUGGGAGGCAAUGGAAAUGUAGGUUACAAGGUGGAUUUGAAUGUUGAAGCCGAUGAUGUUCCAGCAGAUGAUGAUGACGAUGUUGACUGGGAGGGGGAUGUGUUAUUAUGAUAAAAUAAUAAAACAGCCUCAAAUUAUGUAUCACAAGACCAGGGUUUACUGCUCAUUAUAUUAUUGCUUGUGCAUGUUGUUGUGGUGAUGAGUCCAUGGGUUAAAAGGAGGUGCACAGUUGACUUUUUAACUUACUAGUGUAUGAGUGGAUUUCCGUUGAAUGCAACGUUGAUCAGGUUUGAGUCAACAUGGGAAAAUCACGCUUCUCUGCAUGGGGAUGUGUUUUUCAGUGAACAAAACGCACAUUUAAUCAUUAAAUUUCAGCAUACUGGACGACUAACAACUCUACUUUGAAAAUUUGCAUUGUUUUGAAUGUCCAAGAAUAGAAAUUAGCUUAAACAUAAUUUCAUUAUCACAUUACUAGUCCAAAAAAAUUUGGACAACACAUCACAAUGUUUCACACCAAUGAAGAAAAUGGUGAGCUGUGAAUUAUGUCAACCUGUGUCAUUCCCGACAACACCCUUCAAUCUUCAAAAUCCAUUCAAGUUGUCCAUUUUCCUAGGUUAUUAUAAGGUGCAAAGAGAGAUGGGUAGUUAGUUCAUUGUUGUCUCCCAUCUUUGAUCAAAGUCAAUUGAUAUCCAUAAACUAUGGUUUAGCAAUAUCAAAUGUAUCAUAUUUGUAAAAUGCUGAUAAUGUGUACGAGAUUGUUCAGGUUACUUUAAUCCAGUUUCAUUUUCUUGACUUGGUUUAUUUAAGAUUACCUUAGCUUGCAAGCAUUUUUUUUGGGUCAACUGCUUGCAAGCAUUUGAAUGCUAUACUGUUGUUUCCCCUUUUAUGAAUAAAACUAGAGAUCCAAGAUGCUAAAUUCACGCAUUUAUCUUUGUUGUAAAAUAUAGGCUUAAAUAUGUUGGAAGUCCCUCUAAAAUAGGGGUGCUUUGGUUAAGGCCCCUACAAAUUUUUUUGGGUGGAAUAAGCCCCUAAUGUGAAAAUAAUAUAUGGUGAUAAGCCCCUACCGUGAGGUUCCGUUUAAUUUAUGAUGAUUCUGUAAACGGCGUUGGCGUGUAUUAUAUUUUGUGAAAAUUAUUCAAUUAAAGAGGGUGCCACGUAAGUAAAUGAGGGAUCAAAAAAUAAAAAUAAAAUGAAAAUCCAAAGUAAAAAACACAAGUACGUUUGGGGAUUUUACUUGAGUUUUUUACUUGGGUUUUUAUUUUUUCAACCCUAAUUUACUUACGUGGCACCCUCUUUAAUUGAAUAAUUUUCACAAAAUAUAAUUUACGUCAGCGUCGUUUGCAGAAUCAUGAGAAAUUAAACGGAACCUCACGGCAGGGGUUUAUCACUAUAUAUUAUUUUCACAUUAGGGGCUUAUUCCACCCAAAAAAAAUUGUAGGGGCCUUAACCAAAAGAUCCCUAUUUUAGAGGGACCUCCAACAUAUUUAAGCCUAAA